GUGUGAGUAAGUGUGAGUGUGAUCAAUGGGGCAAAAAAGCGGCGGCUCGGCGGAGGAUCUCCGCUGUGCCUGGUGGCUCGAUAGUGGGGACAAGUGAGAGAGCGAAAGAGCAAGUGAUCGCGCCGGGGCAUCCGCAGCGGGGGCGACAGGGGGCCGUCAAAGCGCUACUGGAGCGUUUGGGUGCCCCAGCAAUGGCCUAUACAUUGCUCUCGCUCUGACCGAUGGGCCAUGGCAAAUGCCGAUGUGGAUGGCUGCUGAGGUGCCUCCUGUGCCGCUCAUUCAGCACAGUAGAUGCCAGCAGUUUCCAGUUCAGCUACUAUGCCAGAAAGUCGUCUCUCUGUUGACUUCUGUUGAUUCGAGACUGCUCGCACUCACACUCGCUCCACAGCACACCAGCCAGCCGGUCGUUCGGUAGUAGCCACCACCUUCCACGCCAGCAAGUAGUAUCCAGCACUCGGUCUCUGCUCACUUAGAUACGGAAGAUCCGUUCAGUUACAGGCAGCAAUACGCACGGAAGCGUUCGGAAGUUCCAAAUCACCAUCGAUAUUGACCAUCGAAUUAAUAAACGAUCUCGCGUCUGCAGAUUUAAACAUUUUCCCGCGCAUUUCAAUAAUUUUAUUUUACCUUCAUCGCGUGAAAAUAUUUUCCAUCAAUAUUUUCCACGUUGUGUUUUCCCACCGCAAUUCGGGUUGGAUUUUAAUUGAGCACAAUUUCACAAAACGAACCUUUCCGCGAAUGUGUGGCAAGAAGUAAACGUAUGAGAGCAGGCUGUAAAGAGUGAUUAAAAGUGAAGAGAAUUUCCCGCCGUCGGAAAAGACAUUGGACACACGGAAAAAUUAGCGGUGAAAAGUGCACAGUACAUUUAUUGUAGGAGGUUUGCAACUCUCGUGACAUCCUGCAGCUCACCUUCACCUGCCUCUUCGUCAAUCAACACUCCCAAUCUGAAGCUCAUUGGCCGCUGGAAGGAAUUUCACGGCAUCCAGUGAGGAGCGAUAGCGCCGCCACUUCUUGGAAAAUCUCAUUUGGUCACAGCACGCAACAGCACCACUCCGUCAAAAUGUUCGCGGUCAUGCGAAUUGAUAACGAUGACUGUCGGUCGGACUUUCGUCGCAAGAUGCGGCCAAAGUGUGAGUUCAUCUGCAAGUAUUGCCAGAGACGCUUUACCAAGCCCUACAAUUUGAUGAUCCACGAGCGCACCCACAAAAGUCCCGAGGUUACAUUCUCCUGCGAAGUCUGCGGCAAAUACUUCAAGCGGCAGGACAAUUUACGCCAACACAGGACGAUCCACAUGGACGUUUAUAGACGAACGUAUUGAAUGAUGCAUAAGAAAAUGUCCUAAAAUUGUUCCUGCCAUUGCAUUGUAAAUAAGAACCUUCCUCCUUAAAGUAAAUCCCUAUAUAUAUAAACGUAAUUAUAUAUAAUUGUAUCCUUUAGUUUAUAUUCUUUUGUAUGCAAAAAAAAAAGAAUAAAAUCACUGAGAACGUACACAAUAUGUAAGAGAGUAUAGAAAUCUCAAAAAUAUUUAAUUAUAUUAAAAAGUACAUAAUUUAUAAAAAAAAAUAUAUAUUUUCCAAAUUCCCCGAAAAAAAUAUAAAUAUAAAUAUUUUAUUUUCCUUUGGCCAUUUUGUCUUUUGCAAAAGCAGGAUUAUACACAGUUUCGUCAUUAUUUUUCUCCCUUGCCAUACUAGGUUAAAAAAAUAAAGUUAAAAAGCUCUUUUCCUCUAAAAGAUCAAUUAAGUUCUAACUUUUUGAUCUUUUGCCAAAAAGAGACAUUCGGUGACUUUUCAAGAGAAGUAUUAUUUUUUGAUUUUUAGAUGUGACAUGAUUUUUUCGGCCAAAAAAACCAAAAGAAAAUAAUGACAAAAUUGUGAUAACCUGUGAUUUCACAUCUAAAAAUAUAUGUAAUUUCUAAAAUAUAUUUUUUCAAUGCGAAAAUGGAGAGAAAUAGCGGAAAAAGAUUUUGUCGAAAGCUUCCUAAAUCAAAAAUAUAUUUUAAGGUUUUUAUAAAAUUUAUAUUACUAUAAAAAUUAAGAAAUGUUUUCUAUUUAAAGUGAGAAGUAUUAAAUAUUUAACUAAAUGAUUGUUUAAAAUUAUAUAUUUUCCAUUCCACCGACAUUUUGAUAAAAUAUCAACCAUGUCGUUUUUUUUCUUUAAUGUAUUCUACUUCUUUGCGAAAGAUAGCUUCUAGGAUCAUUUUAUUAGAUAGAUUUCUAGUCUGAAAAUAAUUAUUCUCAUUUCAUUUUUUUAUAUAAUAUAUACAAACAUAAUACGAAUAUAUUUUGAUGCGCAAAUUUGUUACGAAAUAGCUUUUUGUAUAAUUUGCCAAUUUAAAAGAAGGAGAAAUUAUUCAUUUAGUAAAGAAAGAAAAAGAAGUGAGAUAGUGCGAAAAAAGUCCAAAAUAUCAAGACUAUCGACAAUAAAUUAGAAAUUUUAUUAUUAAUAACAAAAAGCAGUUUAUUUCGUCGUCGUCGCAGAGAUGCAACCUACAGAAAUUUGAAUGUAAUGGAGAUGAAAGUGCAUAAUGUAAUGUGAAAGCUGUGUAAUUUAAAAACCAUUUAUGAAUAAUGUCAACAAUUCAUUAAAAUGAUUUAUUCUUAUAAAUGAAA